CAGGCAAGCAGGAUGGCAGGAUGGUUUUGCUGUUCCAAGACGCCGUGGCCCAGUUUACCUCAUCUCAACUUGAAGCUGGGACAUGUUACGCUAUCAGCGUUAUUACGGGUUUGGCGGCAACGAUCGGCGUACUGAUAGCCGGUCCAGUAUCAGGUGGGCACCUGAACCCCUCUAUCACCUUCGCAUUCUCGGUUUUCCGGGGCUUUCCUCUAUCUUAAGUCCCUGCUUAUAUUGCGGGCCAUGUAAAUACCCUGUUCUGACCUUUUCAACUUCAUUUUUGGACGUAGCAAGGCUGAUGUUUGACCACAUCUAUUGGACGGUUGUUGCGGAGCGGCUCUACGCCAUUAGAACUCAUCAAACUUGUAAUAUGUGACAUAUAUCCGUAAGCCUUUAUAGACACGGGCAGCCAAUUAUUUU